AUGCUCUACCAACUGAGCCACGCAUCGCCGCCGUGUCCACAUCGCCGCUGCAGACGCAUCGCCGCUGCAGACGCAUCGCCGCUGCCGACCUAUCGCCGCUGCAGACGCAUUGCCGCUGCCGACCUAUCGCCGCUGCAGACGCAUUGCCGCUGCAGACGCAUUGCCGCUGCAGACGCAUCGCCGCUGCAGACGCAUCGCCGCUGCAGACCUAUCGCCGCUGCAGACGCAUCGCCGCUGCAGACCUAUCGCCGCUGCAGACGCAUCGCCGCUGCAGACCUAUCGCCGCUGCAGACGCAUCGCCGCUGCAGACCUAUCGCCGCUGCAGACGCAUCGCCGCUGCAGACGCAUUGCCGCUGCAGACGCAUCGCCGCUGCAGACCUAUCGCCGCUGCAGACGCAUCGCCGCUGCAGACCUAUCGCCGCUGCAGAGCAUCGCCGCUGCAGACCUAUCGCCGCUGCAGACGCAUCGCCGCUGCAGACCUAUCGCCGCUGCAGACGCAUCGCCGCUGCAGACCUAUCGCCGCUGCAGACGCAUCGCCGCUGCAGACCUAUCGCCGCUGCAGACGCAUCGACACUGCAGACGCAUCGCCGCUGCAGACGCAUCGCCGCUGCAGACACAUCGCCGCUGCAGACGCAUCGCCGCUGCAGACCUAUCGCCGCUGCAGACACAUCGCCGCUGCAGACGCAUCGCCGCUGCAGACACAUCGCCGCUGCAGACGCAUCGCCGCUGCAGACGCAUCGCCGCUGCAGACGCAUCGCCGCUGCAGACGCAUCGCCGCUGCAGACGCAUCGCCGCUGCAGACACAUCGCCGCUGCAGACGCAUCGCCGCUGCAGACACAUCGCCGCUGCAGACACAUCGCCGCUGCAGACCUAUCGCCGCUGCAGACGCAUCGCCGCUGCAGACCUAUCGCCGCUGCAGACGCAUCGCCGCUGCAGACGCAUCGCCGCUGCAGACGCAUCGCCGCUGCAGACCUAUCGCCGCUGCAGACGCAUCGCCGCUGCAGACGCAUCGCCGCUGCAGACGCAUCGCCGCUGCAGACCUAUCGCCGCUGCAGACGCAUCGCCGCUGCAGACGCAUCGCCGCUGCAGACGCAUCGCCGCUGCAGACGCAUCGCCGCUGCAGACCUAUCGCCGCUGCAGACGCAUCGCCGCUGCAGACGCAUUGCCGCUGCAGACGCAUCGCCGCUGCAGACGCAUCGCCGCUGCAGACGCAUCGCCGCUGCAGACCUAUCGCCGCUGCAGACGCAUCGCCGCUGCAGACCUAUCGCCGCUGCAGACGCAUCGCCGCUGCAGACCUAUCGCCGCUGCAGACGCAUCGCCGCUGCAGACCUAUCGCCGCUGCAGACGUAUCGCCGCUGCAGACCUAUCGCCGCUGCAGACGCAUUGCCGCUGCAGACCUAUCGCCGCUGCAGACGCAUCGCCGCUGCAGACCUAUCGCCGCUGCAGACGCAUUGCCGCCGCAGACGCAUCGCCGGCUUCCUUACAUCAGGCUACAUCAGGGACGGGGAACGCGCUCGGACUAACGAGGCCUGA